CACGUCCCUCUCCGUUUCUCGCCAGCCGACUUCCAUCUCUAGACCCGCCAGUGCGCCGUGCGCCUGCCUAACGACACCCACGACCCCCGCAUACGCACGCAUACGACCACAUUAUGGCCCUCCCCUACAAAGCCACCCCGCUCGUCGCGCCCGGACACACGCGACCGGUCACCCACCUGUCCUUCUCCCCGCUGCAGGAUGACGGCACGUACGUGCUCAUCUCGAGCUGCAAAGACGGCAACCCGAUGCUCCGCGAAUGGACCGGCGACUGGAUCGGGACCUUCAUCGGACACAAGGGUGCGGUAUGGAGCAGCAAGCUUUCCCCCGACACGUCGCGCGCGGCGUCCGGCAGCGCGGAUUUCACGGCCAAGAUCUGGGACACGUACAGCGGCGAGUGCCUGCACUCCUUCCCGCACAACCAUAUUGUCCGGAGCGUCGCGGUCUCGCCGACGUCCUCGCAUCUUCUCACGGGCGGGCAGGAAAAGAAAGUGCGGAUGUUCGACCUCGGUCGUCCAGACGCGGAACCGGACUUCCUCUUCGAUACGGUCGGACCUCUAUCACACGAAGGUACCGUCAAGAGCGUAGUCUGGGUUGGUGACCAUACCGGUGUGACUGCGGGUGAGGAUGGGCUGAUCAAGUGGUGGGACCUGAGGACACGGAAGUUGUCAACCAGCCUAACCUUCCCGGGGCCGAUCACGUCCAUGGAACUCUCCGCACAGACGAACAGGAUUGUGGUCACGUCUGGGAAGACUGUCUCGUUCAUCCCUGCACUGCUGAACGGCUCGCCAACCCACAGCCUUACCCUUCCGUAUGCGCCGUCAUCAGCGUCUAUCCACCCAAUUUUGCAAGACCGCUUCAUCACUGGCAGCACGAGUGACGAGUGGGUGCGCGUGCAUGACGUAACGGGCGAGGAGAGGGAAGUUCUCAAGGGUCACCAUGGCCCUGUUCACUGUGUCGAGUACAGCCCAGAUGGCGAGAUGUUCGCGAGCGGAAGUGAGGAUGGCACGAUCCGGCUCUGGCAAACCACCCCGGGGAAGAGCUACGGACUCUGGCAGGGCGUCCCCGCCAACGGGGGCUGAAAGUAGACUCUCAUCGCAUCUCGGACAUAACGCACUACUAUAAUGCACAUCGUCCUGUUAUUUCACUGUAGGUAACGCACGUCUGGGUUUCUCGAGCGUCGGGGGUCUUGGCGCAGGCUUUAGUAGUAGGAUUGUGUCUGUACUAAGAUUGCUGUCGCGCUCACAAGCUGUCAUGAUGAUAUGUAUCGGUUAUCGACUCCAUUGGCCGAUCCGCGAGUCUGGUGUUAUGAGUCAGCCGCGCAGCAACCCUCGACCUCCGUAGAAGAUCGGGAGCAUGUCAGGCCCAUUCGCACAGAUUCGCACUCAUCGACCUUCUGCAGAUUGCGCGACGACAGUCGGGACACCACUCCACGGGCAGUGAACCAAGAAUACCAAGAAAACUGAUCCGCGACGGUGUCCCGCCAUCGCCACGCCUCCGCACUCACCCCCACACGUGCUCGACCGCCUUCCUGCGGUGCACCGGAUGCAGCGCGACGUAGUUGUGCCCGUCUAUGCUCUCGCGGCUGAGCGUCACAAUCCCGACGUCCGCCGCGAGCGCGGUGUACUCCUUCAGGCGCGUGACGCCCGCGCGCUCGUACACCACGCUCAG